AUGAUUAAAUAUAUUCGUCAACGUUGCCUAAAUUAUCAAUCUAAUCAAAGUUUAGUUAUCGACUCAGCUUUAGAUCAAAUUUCAAGCAUAGCAUAUAUAGACGACACUACAUUAAUCUCAAACUCUCAAGAUAAUUUAAAUUCUCUUCUAAAAAUAACUGAUAGUUUUAAUAAUUUGAACAACAUACUUCUAAAUGAUGACAAAGGAAUCUUAAUAAUCACAGCUAACCCAUCUUGUAUUCAAUAUUCUACAUCUUCUGAUCCAGAUUCUCCUACUUCUCAAAAUAUACUUCUUCAAUACAACAAUAAAAAUAUCCUGAUUCUUCUUACUCCUGAAUCUGAAUCUAUUAGAUUUUUAGGUGUUUGA